AUGUCGUCACGACAUGCGCGCAUCUCGAAUGUGUCGGCUCAACAUUUGCGCGUGGAGCUGGACGUGGUGUCGCAAGUGGAGACGCGAGUGCAACUCCAGCGGUGGUGGUCGCUCCGGUUCGAGCACCCGGUUAUGGAGAAACGUUUUCAGAUUUAUUAUGAAGAAUCUUCCAUCGUCUCAAGUAAGUGGGCUUGUAGUGCUACUUUGGGGUCAACUGCAGUGCUGCAAGCUGCAGUUUUCUACGAUGUCUUUGUCCUCAAGUCGCCUGAGAGAACCCCUUGGGUGUUUGUGGAUAUCGCUGUGGCCGGCAAUGCAUUUUUACUGGUGCUAUGGGGAGUUUUCCUUUGGACUGGUCGACAACGUAAACAAGUUGGCUCUUACUUCGAGAUCAUGCUUUUUACACUAGGAUUGAGCAUGCUCAUGCUCAUUCUCGUUCUUGGCUUACCACUAGCAGCGUACGAGACCGAAACUGUGGCUUUCAGUGAACAACACGACGUAAACAUUCUAACUGAGCUGGACGAAGCUAGAAAAGCGCACGAUGUCACCCGAACGAUAUUCUUCCUUUUGAUACUUCUCGGAGCUAUCGCCACGACGUGGUCGGCUCAAUUUCUCGCUUACUGCGCCUUAGCGACGAGUACGUUGCUUGCACUUGGAGGCUGGAUUGUCGGCUGUUCGGACUAUCUUCGACGUCAAUGGCACCUGGUAGCUCUCUUCACCUGCAGCUUGUUUCUUCUAGGCAGAGUGAUUUAUUGUGGAGAGCGCAAUUUAAGAAACAAAUUUCUUCGGGCACGGCGUUUAAUGCUAGAAAACAUGAAACUUUCUCGACAAAACUCCGUCAUGCAUCAGCAAUUAAGUUGUCAUGUUAAUGCUGUUGGUAUUGGCAACGGACGACAUCGAGAAUCUCGAGAAGCUCCAAGUAGUUCCAAAGCUGGAAGCCGCGUUUUACCGCAAAAACAAAAAUCAAAGAUUCGGCCAAAGAAUGGUAAAGCUACAUCGGAGCCGCCAGUAACAGGCGAGAGCUGGAUGGAAAAUGUUCUCCGAAAUCUUGUUCAAUUACGCCAACGACUUGAAGAUGAUGAGCAGAGCACCAGUGAACUCGACUUUGUUUUGCAAACACUCACUUCUGAGAACGACCUCUUCCUUGAUACAUGGUCCCGUCAACGACGAGUGCCUAAGUCUGAUAGUAAUGUAGAAAAGGCAGGCACGGGGUGGUUAUCCCUCCUCGAAGAAAAGCGUAAUCGAAGACGCAAAACGGAGGGUAAACAACAACAGAUCGCUCCACCAGUUGCAAAAUCUUUUCGUCGGACUUCGCCAGGCUCGCGAGCGACAGUACUCACGCUUGUUGAAAACUACCUUCAAUCUUCUGGUGACAUCAAAUCUAGCGAGCAGAAAUACUGGAGUUCAGAUGAAUUACUAGCACUUGCAGUUACGUCUCAAGAACUGGACUUGUUUGCAUUUGCGCGCUCCUGUACGUUGCCACUUACAACUUUAUUGCUCACGACACUCGAGAGCCAUAAUGUAUUCGUCACUCUCCCGUUACGUAUCAAAAGUGUUGCCGACUUUGCUCAAGAGAUUGAGACGCGUUAUCAGCCCAAGAAUCCUUACCACAAUGCACUUCACGCGGCGUCAGUCGUGUGGGACGUCAAUUUUUUCCUCCGAAAGCUUGAGGAUCCAGUGCUAACCCCUGUUCAGCGUUUUUCGGCGCUGAUAGCAGCGGCCGUGCAUGACGUUAAUCAUCCUGGUGUCAAUAACGCUUUUCUUGUCGCCACCACGGCUCCAUUGGCGAUUAAAUAUUCUGACGAUUCAGUUUUGGAGCGGAUGCACUUAGCUGAAGCGUUUCAAACGUGUACCAAGGAUGGUUGCGAUAUUUUCGAGGCAUUCCCACCCGAUUUACGUCGGCAAAGUCGUUUGCAAAUCAUUUCCAUGGUGCUUGCAACAGAUUUAAGUGGUCACCUCACGCACGUUAACCGUCUCAAGAGCAAGUUGUAUGCGGUUCAGCCUACGUCAGAAUCGGAUGAAACUUGUACUACACCGGGGCUUUUACUUCCUGAUGAACUUAUACUCCAGACAGUGAUCAUGAUGGCAGAUGUCGGCCACGCGAUGAAGUCGUUUCCACUUCAUUUGGCGUGGUCGGAGCUCGUUGCAGAAGAAUUUUAUCAACAGGGCGAUACGGAACGGCAAUUUGGACUGGCGAUUUCGCCUCUCUGCGAUCACGAUACAGGUCUUUGA